ACAAUGGAUCCGGUUAGCAAUCCGGAUUUUUGACAACUAUUUUAAAUGGCCGUGAUCAUAUGGAUCAACGCACAAUGCAUCCGGAUUGAGUUUGCGGUUUGGUACUAAAUUGUACUAAACGCAACAUCGACCGCAAAGUCAACCGGAAGAUUUGACUCGUUUCAAAUCUUGCGCUUGACUUUGCGGUAGACGAUUUGUUUUGUUUAUCUUUUUGCAGUGCGAGAAGCAGCUCGGUGUGCAGGAGAACUUCAGCUUUACGGUAAUUUUCAGCUGUUUUGUAAAGGUUCAGUGUCCUGGUUGAUUCAGUAACCGUACCUCCGCCCAAAUGGAUGAGAGUGAAACCCAAAAUACUGAGGAAGAAACCAGCAAUGUCAACGAACGAAUCAUUGCAUUCGUGAAGGAACAUAAGGUUCUCUACGAUAAAACGUUGCGAGCAUACAAAAAUAAUAACAACAGAAACAAGCUUUGGGUGCAGCUUGCAUCAGAACUCGGAAUGGAUGCAAAAUCGUUAACAACGCGCUGGAGAUCUUUAAGGGAUCGGUACGUGAAAGAGUUGAAAAUAGCAGAUCUCAAUCAUCGAUCAGGAGCAGAGGCGAAUGACGCAGACGAUUCAUGGGAAUUUAUGGAGCACAUGGCAUUCUUGAAGGAACACGUCGCCAAGAGAAAGACUACGAGUAACUAUGAUGGGCCAAGCUCAAGUCAGCAAACUGAUUUCCACAACUUGGUCGAAGAACACCUUGAUGAAGAAUCAGAAGGCACACCUUCGCGAACUCCAACAUCAUCGAGAAAAAGAAAAGCCGAUGACGUCGAUGAUAAAAUGUCGGCGCUGUUGGAAAAGUAUAUUGAAAAUGCUUCAAAUGAGAAGCACUCGGUAUUUGGGAAGCUGGUGGCAUGCAAGUUGUCAAAAUUCCCAGAACAUAUUGCUGAAAGGGUAGAAGCUGAGAUAUUGAAUGUUAUUUACAACGCUAACGCUAAUUAUCGAGCGGAAACAAAUAAUGAGUAAAUUUGGCUGUAUGCAAAAUUUACCAUUUCUACUCAUUUUGCUUACUUCGACUCAUUUUAACUACACCUUGUUUAUAUUGUUUAUUUUUAACAUGUUCUGUACGAUUGUCUGUACCCAUCUGUUCCAGGGUAUGAUCUUGACAUAUUUGGUCAUUUUGUAUAGAAAUUGGCUAUCACUUCUAACUUUUGUGAACACAACUGUGUAUGAGGAUAGCAUGACGGUAAAACCAUUUUUCACCACAAAUUUCAAGAACACAAAACUAGCAAAGCAUGAAGAUUUUAUUGAAUUGAUCGAUAUGUCAUGGUAUGUAUUUUAUGCUUAAUAAUACUUUAAAUACAUUUAGCGUUCAGUGACGCCUAGACAACAUGAAA